UGAAAUUAUUUGAUAAUACAACGAGCUGGUUAAUUUCAUUUAUAUUUAUAUUUGAUAAAAGAGUUGAAUUAUCUACCCUAUUUUCCUCAAACAAAUAGAGAUAUAUCUGCUAUUUUCCGCGAUGUUAAGAAACAGCGGAGAACCGCGCGCGGGAUGUGCAACAAGAAACAAUUUAUGCAAAUACAUAAACUCCCCGAGGUGAAUGCGCGCGAGUAGAGCGAAUUCCUGAGGAUACUCGACAUUGAUCCCUGGACGCGCAAGCGCCGACCAACGAAUUCUCAUCUGCUUCCAUCGUUCCCGAUUAUCGGCGAGAGUUCGUUCGUCGUACUUGGCGAACGUAGUUAGAACGCGGUCGUCUAUUUUCGUUUACUUAAACAGUCGACCGUCUUUUGCGAUACUACUGGUCCCAGUCAAGGUAGACGGACACAGAAGAACUAAUGUCGGCUCUUCUAGAUGUAUGCGGAAAUGAUACCGGUUCACCAUCGAUAUCGAAGGCUGACGAUAAUUUAUCCAACAGCGACGGGCCUCUGAUUAAAGGUCUCAUUCGCCAAAAUAGUUGCAGCAGCGUACAUGCAAGGACGAUAGGCUCUUCGUACGGUAUGUCAUCGUCGAGCGAAAAAUCUACGAAGAGACGUUACUGUCUUUGGACGUUGACUCUAGUUCUGGCGAUAAUCGGCCUCUGCAAUCUUUUCUUGAAUAUCACUGUCAUUGCUGUUUUGCGCAUUAGCCAGGGGAUGGAGGCCAUGGAAGUAAUCCCAGAUGAAAAUCUUGUCAAAUUUUAUGGAAGAACCGAUUUGGACAAGAUAUCCCUGCAAUCCGGUGUCUGUCAGAGUUAUGGCGACGAGUCGAUGGAAGUAUCCGGCGAUGAGGCUGGGGUGCACGUCGACGUAAAGGGCCGUGGACAAAACAUUCCCGAGACACAUCCGUACUCAAAGCUAAGCGUCUUAGCGAACGGCACCACCAUGUCGCAGGUGGAGUCGUUUGAGGUGAAGGAUUCGCGUACCGGCGCGAUUUAUUUCACCACCGAUUUUCCCAACUUUGGCCUGCCGAGCGGCGUCGAGACGAUCGACGUGAGGAUUGCGGAGACUCAUCGGAUCACCUCGUCGGUCAAUGAGAGUCUUGCGAUAAAGUCCGACAAUCAAAUCUCGAUGCACGGCGCGGAGGGCGUACGUAUGGAGAGCAAAGACAUUGAGUGGAGUGCCGAUCUGGACGUCUUCCUAAAGAGCGUAAACGGUAACGUCGUGUUAGACGCCAAGGACGGUAUUUCCAUCAACUUGAAGAGUAUUCCAGUGGCGCCCACGUUCUUGCCGAGUCCCAUCGGGAGUCACGAGCAGUACAAAGUCUGCGUGUGCAUGCCGCAGGGCAAGCUCUUUAAGAUGCCGGUCCGGCCGGGCGCAAGUUCUCGCACUGUCAAUUGCGCGCGAGUCGCCAGAACCCCUGAGAACGACCCAUGUCUGCAUUGAAUCCUAAAUAAAGACUGAUGUUUUC